AUGUUCGCCCCAAAGACCUCGGCCGCGCCUGGCGGCCUCUCUAUUAACACCGGCUCUGCCAAUUCUUUGUUUGGCGGCGCCAACACACAAAGCUCAUCUACACCUGCGGCUACGGGAACUACUGGCAGUCUUUUUGGAAACAACAGUUCAACGCCUCAAAACAAGCCGGCGGGUAGCCUAUUUGGAGGAGGUCUGGGUGGUGGAAACACACAGCAGUCACAACCCACCGGAUCAAGCAUGUUCUCUGGUCUGGGUGGUCAGCAGCAACAGCAGCAGCAGCAGCAGCAGAGUGGGACGACUGGCGGUGGCCUCUUUGGAAGCUCGACCGCUGCAACAACACAACCUCAGUCGGGCGGCCUCUUCGGGACGGCGGGUGCCGGUGCUACCAACAGCACCACCCAGAGUGGAACUACUGGAGGACUUUUCGGCGGUGGACUUGGAGCCAGCACUACGACACAGACUCAACAGAAGCCUGCCUUUGGUGGUCUCGGUGGCUCGACCACUGGUGGCCUUUUCGGCGGCGCACAAAAUACACAGCAACAGCCCCAACAGCAACAACAACAAGCCCAAAAACCUACACUCUCUUUGUUCGGAAACCAAGGUGCAGCCCCGGGGGGCCCACAGCCGCUGCAGCAGAAUACCACGGCACCAAACGUGGUGCCUGGUGUGAAGAUCGAUGUCAGCAAUUUGUUACCAACCACCAAGUUUGACAACUGUGCGGAUGAGAUUCGAAACCAUAUCGAGAUCAUUGACAACUAUAUCCUCAACCAGAUGAAGGUGUGCCACGAGGUUGCGGAUAUGUUUCCCACCAUUGAGAAGCAGGGCUCGACGAUCCCCAACGACGUGGAGUUCGUGCAAGGCAAGCUGGAGACUAUUCAACAUGCCCUAGAGAAUGACGCUGGCGACAUUGAUCAGCUGCGUGGGCUGGUCGGCCGCGACGCAGCUGAGGCACAGGUCGCAUUCCGGGCCAUCGAUACCCUUAAGCUGCCUCUGCAGUACCAGUCUGCCAGCGGUGGUGGCUGGUGGUCGGCGCAAGAUCAAAAGGUCGACCGACGGUCUCUGCGGUCUACUCGCAAGAACACCCUUGCCCUUCCCGACGAUGUGGAGGGCGACCCAUCCACCGCAACAUCUGUCAACGGCGUACCUGUCAACCUGGUGGACUAUUUCUCACAGCGAUCCGACGAGAUGAGCACAGUACUUGAGCGGUACAAGGGCAACAUCAAGGAGAUUGAGGACCACCUGCACGGAGUUGAGCUUGCAUUGAACCGCCAAAUCAGCGAGUUCGUCAGCUCCAAGUCUCGUGAUGGUGCAGGUGCUGGGACCCCCAAGUCGGCCGUCAAUGAUCUGGCCGCGGUGCUGGGAGAUGUCGAGGCUGGUAUUAUGGGAGUCGCAGCCCGGCUGGGAGGUGUGCAGGAGCAGGUGCAAGAGACAACCCUCGGACCACUGUCUGUGGGUGAUCGGCUCGGAAUGAACUAA